ACUAGAGAGGAGGUAAAGAUCUCAGGGAAGAAGCACAAAGAAAUGGGCUCGGUGGAGGAGGGUUUGCUCGUGGUGAGCCACAGAGAAGAUGUUAACAAGAAAGAUGUGUUUUUGCGGGAGAUGAAGAGGCUUGGUUACAUCGCUGGUCCCAUGGUUGCGGUGAACUUGUCUACGUACGCUCUUCUUGUCAUAUCCAUUAUGAUGGUUGGUCAUCUUGGUGAGCUUUUCCUCUCUAGCACCGCUAUUGCCAUUUCUUUCUGCAGCGUCACCGGUUUCAGCGUCGUUUUUGGAUUGGCUAGUGCGUUGGAGACUUUAUGUGGUCAAGCUCAUGGAGCUAAACAAUUCGAAAAGCUUGGAGUUCAUACUUACACAGGGAUUUUCUCUUUGCUUCUUGUUUCUAUUCCUUUGUCUGUGCUCUGGAGUUACAUGGGUGAUAUACUCGCCUUUACUGGACAAGAUCCUCUGGUUUCUCAAGAAGCAGGAAAGUUUGCAACUUGGCUCAUACCCGCGCUCUUUGCUUACGCUACUUUGCAGCCGCUUAUUCGUUUUUUCCAAACACAGAGUCUGAUUUUUCCUUUGAUUAUGAGCUCAGUCUCUGCUCUCUGUUGCCACGUUGUCCUCUGCUGGAGCUUAGUAUUUAAGUUUGGGCUUGGGAACCUUGGUGCAGCUAUCUCGAUCAGUGUUUCUUACUGGUUAAACGUGACUGUUCUUGGAUUGUAUAUGACGUUUUCUUCCAACUGCAGCAAGAACCGCGCACCCAUCACCAUGAGUCUGUUUAAAGGAAUGGGAGAGUUCUUCCGGUUUGGAAUCCCAUCUGCCGCUAUGAUUUGCAUCGAAUGGUGGUCAUUCGAAUUUCUUGUCUUACUCUCUGGUCUUUUACCAAAUCCGAAGCUAGAAGCCUCUGUUCUCUCAGUCUGUCUAUCAACAAUGGCCGUCCUGUACCAAACAGUAGAGAGCCUAGGCGCAGCAGCAAGUACAAGAGUUGCAAAUGAAUUAGGAGCUGGCAAUCCGAAACAAGCUCGAAUAGCUGUGUACACAGUGAUGGUUAUUACAUGUGUAGAAUCAGUAAUGGUGAGCUCAACUGUUUAUGGUACAAGAAACGUAUUUGGUUACAUAUUCAGCUCUGAAACCGAAGUUGUGGAUUAUGUAAGCUCAAUGGCUCCGUUGAUUGCUUUGUCGGUCAUAUUUGAUGCCGUUCGCGCAGUGCUUUCAGGUGUGGCUAGAGGAUCAGGGAGGCAAGACAUAGGGGCAUAUGUAAACCUAGCAGCAUAUUAUCUCUGUGGAAUACCAACUUCCAUCAUAUUAGCUUUUGUAUUUAAAAUGAGAGGAAGAGGACUCUGGAUUGGGAUCACAGUUGGGUCCUUUGUUCAAGCUUUUUUGCUCGGUGUUAUCGUCGUCCUCACCAACUGGGAACAAGAGGCGAAAAAGGCUAGACAAAGACUGAUGUGUGAGGUGAUUGAAGAAGUUGAAGAGAAGUGAGGAACACGAAUUAGAGAUCAGCCAAAUCAAAAGAAGUCAAUUUAAUGUUGUGUUUGUUAUUAAUUGGAUUUGUGGUUUUGCUGUUUGAUAUGAUAAUAAUGACUUGAGAGGAAAUAACGAAUGUGCACAUGCACACGUUUUGGCCUCUGCUGUCACACACAUGUAGCAUGAUAUGGUCUUCUUACCCAAAAAAAGAGGGAAACGGUACUUCAUAAAGUUGUUUUUAAGUAAAGCUGUGCAUUCAUGAUUGGAGGUGCAUAAUGUAUGUUUAACGCAUUGUCUAUCAUUAUAUGUAAUGAUUAUAAUAUAAAACAAAAUAAUGUUGUAAGCACUCUA